AUGCCUCUGGCAGUGAUGGAUAUGGAGAGAUCAGAAUUCAGAGGAGAAGUCCUAAGUACUCACUUGUAUGAAUUCUUCACUUUACAAGUUCGGUUUCUCGCCGUGAUUUUCUCAGGAACUGCAGAUUCCGAUCAAUUUCUUGGGAAACUGAGAAUGGAAGGUCGCCGGAGAAUGACUCUUUAUGAUCAAAUGUCUGCCGUCGACGGCCGCCGAGACUCGCUUGCGGGCUCGACCCUCGAAGCCGUGAUGGCAAGCCACAAGAUAGCCUCCGAGUCGAGCCGCCGCCAGUUCAGCGGCAGCCGAACCCUCUCUGACAUCAUUCGAGAAGACAAUUCCAACACGAAGGACAAGAAAUCUUGGAAAAUCUUCAAAGACAAGCUCUGGCUCAAGCGCGCCGGAUCUGCUUGGUUCUCCACAAUCAACAUCCCGGCCUUGGAUAUCUCUAUCCCUAACCGGAAUAACAACAACUCCGACGCCCCGUCAACAAGUAACCCACCUGACUUCUCAGGUCAGAUCUUAGCCAGAGCUCGAUCUUCCCUCAACGACGUCUUCUCCAGCGAGUCGAGGCCCCAAACCUCGCGCUCCGAUUCCUUCCGUCGAGACGGCACGGUAACUUUCCGGGACUGCCUAGACAGCGACGGCGACGGAUCCGAGUGCGACGACUGGGAUCCCGCGCGUGAAGGCACGCGCCGCCUAUCAACAAUUCUAUCAGAGGAGAGGGCAUUGUCUGCGAGAGAAGCUGAGACAGCCGCCGCGGCAUCUUCGGCGGCGGUGGCGGCACAGGGGGUAGACGAGCCGGUGAGGAUGUCGCUGACGCUGAUGGAUUUACUGGAGGAGACAGAUAGGCAAAUGGGGUUUGAUGCAUCACGAUACAGAACAGGAUACGAAGAUGACGACGAAGAAGUAUAUCAGAGGAUAAAAAUGGUGGAAAAGGAAGAAGAAGAAGAAGCUGAAGAAGAAGAGGAAGAAGAAAGCAAACGAUGGAGCAUACAGGAAAAUUGUUGUGUGUGUAUGGUGAGGCACAAAGGAGCAGCGUUUAUACCAUGUGGACACACAUUUUGCAGGCAGUGUUCGAGGGAGCUUUGGGUGAGCAGAGGCCACUGUCCACUCUGCAACAAUGUUAUUCUGGAGAUUCUUGACUUGUUCUGAUUCAUUCAUCUUUCAUCUCCGUUUUUGAGCUAUCUGAAUGUUCCUCAUUCCAUAUAUUUCUUUUCCGUUUCUGUUUCUAUUUUUACGUUCCCCUCCCUUGUAAAGUGGAGUUUGAGGUAUGAAUUAAAAAAGAUAAAGUGUGGAUGAUGAUGAAA